AUGGAUGUUGAGAAGUUGUCCAACGAAGAACUGAACCUGGCAUUUCAGAAAAGAGGACAAGGACCUUUUCCCAUUACUCCAAGCUCAAGAAAAGUUAUCGAAAGAAAACUUCUUCGGCUCCUGGAGAAUGAAAGCGUCACAAAUGGUAACUCAACCGCUGUAAGUUUUUUGUUUUGGAUUUCGUGAAUACUAUAAGUUUUUUUCAAUCUUUUACCAUUGUAAUUCCUCACAAUGUACACGUUGACUUUAGGCACCAGAGAAUGAUACCAAUGGAACUAAAAUAAACGGUCAUCUGUUAAAGAACGUCCACCAAGCCAGUCCGUCGAGAGAAAGUCCAUUAAGAAACGUUAGCCCUCCAAGAACCAGUCCACUUCGGCAACUCAGUCCACCAAUUGAGGACCAAGCGCAAGAAGAAGAGGACGACGAUGGAUUUGAUGGGGAAACGUCGGCCCGAUACUUUUCAGAAGAGGAAAGAGCGUCUUUAACUUUCUCUCAUCAUCAUCCACCCAAGGCUCAGCCAGUGCGUUUUUAUGGCUCUGGCUUUGCCAUUUUGGGUCUUCUUGUUCUUCUGGGUAUGAUGUUCAAAAUUGUAAACGACAACAUCGAUAAAGUGUAUCACAAAGAGUUGUGA